UGAAGCAGUAGGCAAACAGGAGGAAGUCAUAAGGAUCAGCUGCCACAAUUGAGGUGGGUGGUUUCUGAAAGCUGGUUGAUCAGUUCAUUGCACUGCUAGAUGGUGUUGGCUGUCAGUUGAGGGUCAUGGAAAUUGUCAACUUGAUGGAUUUGAGUUUCCUAACAAAGGAGGAACAGGUAAUCAUUCAACGUGUACUGAAAAGAGAUACAGACUUAAGAAAGCGCGAGGAAAAAAGAAUAAGAAAGAUGAAGAGACAGGCAUUGGACCUUGGGUGCCUGAAACUGCAAACCGGUGAAUGGUUUGAAGAACUGAGGGAAAGGCGCUUCAAGAAAUACUCCAGCGCCACUGACCUUCUGAAGUGUGUGUUAGAACAUAAGCAACCAGGAACCCUUUCAUCAAAAAGAAUUUCCUGGUUAUCAAAAAUUACAAGCAUUAAAACGCUGCAAACGGCAUUACCUAGCCCCCCAAACUCGUAUGAUUUUCCAGAAAGGUGUCAUCAUAUGGUUAAAGAGAAUAUUAAUGAUACAGAUGGCUUUACAACUGUUCCAAAUGAACAGUUGAGUGUUACGCAGAUUCUUAAAGAUCUGGAAAUAAUCCUAGACCUAGAAAUACAAAAUUUGAACAGCACUGUAGAAAUUGCAGAUAUAAAUGGUUCCAGUCCAGAGAAUGUAUUGGUUGACAAGACACUGUCUGCAGUUUACAACUCACAUCAAGUUUGGCAUUACCCAGAACUAAUGGAUAUGAAUACAGAACAAGCCAAUGUAUCUCCCUUACCAUCUAUCAUUACUAAGGCAGAAGAGGACUUAUUGCCAUGUAAAUAUCGUUUUCAACUUGGAGGGAAUACGGAAUAUAGAAACAAUGAUUACUUAGAAAUGCCUCACCUCACAGAUCCUACUUCUUCCCUUGUGUGCUCUGGACAACUGGAAACACCAUUCUGCUCAUCUCCUUUUUUACCAGAACAGUUUGUGUUCUCAGAAAAUUGUUUCAGAUUCGACAGUCCUUCUGAAUUUAAUGCUUACUAUUUUAAAGUGCAAAGUGAUCACCAAAGCAAAGACUCAGAACUUUCUAGUGAGCAGUCAUUGGACACUGAGAGUACUCUAGAACCUACCAUCAUUCCAGUAUGUUCCCCAAUAAUGAUAGAAGACAACAUAGUGUGGAGGGAAGAUGUCCCACUCAUUGGCUCCAAUUUAUAAAAUGUUGCAUAUGGAUACCUUAAACACUAGAAUAAAUGCAAUUUUAAUAUGGGUGAUAGGAUUCUGUAAAUAGCGUUGAAUAUGUU